CAGGAGAGAUAAGAAGCUCGACCGAAGUACAAUGUAUAGCUGAUCGGUAUGAGGAGAUAUUCUCUGCCGAUCUUAUGCUGCUACCUUUACACCCUAUUUGACAUGGCAUCCUUACAUUAUCCUGAUAAAGUAUGCGAGGCCGUCCUCUCAACGGAGGUCGAGGGUUGGCAUUUUAAGGUCAAUAGCCUAACCUCACGAACAAUUCGACUUUCGGCGAGAAAACGCGGGUACCGCUUUUUUCCGAAGAUCGCAAGAGAAAUGGAUCGCGAAGACUACGGUAGGAAAGAAGUCUCACUCUCCUUGAGGGAUAUUCUACCGAUCAAUCCGAAAAAUUACGAUAAGCACAGAGCACCUAAAUAUUUAGGACAGCCGACCAUUGUCUAUUUUCACGUCACGGUACUCAGUAUCGAUUCUAUCAACGAAGAGUCGAUGACUUACGUAGCGGACAUAUUCCUUGCGCAAAGCUGGCGAGACUCGCGAUUGAGGAUGCCAGAAAAUAUGUCAGAAGAGUAUAGGAUUUUAGAUGUCGAUUGGCUGCACAACAUUUGGAGACCCGAUUGUUUUUUUAAAAACGCAAAAAAAGUCACAUUUCACGAGAUGUCGAUACCCAAUCAUUACUUAUGGCUCUACCACGAUAAAACUUUACUUUACAUGUCCAAAUUAACGUUAGUGCUGUCGUGUGCUAUGAAAUUCGAGUCCUAUCCUCACGAUACGCAAAUAUGCUCAAUGAUGAUCGAAAGUUUGUCGCAUACGACGCAGGAUCUGGUGUUCAUUUGGAACGUGACGGACCCGCUGGUGGUGAAUCCGGAAAUCGAGCUGCCGCAGCUUGACAUCGCCAACAACUACACGACCGACUGCACGAUUGAAUACUCGACCGGCAACUUCACCUGCAUACAGAUCGUAUUCAAUUUGCGUCGCAGACUCGGCUAUCAUUUAUUCCAUACCUACAUACCCUCGGCCCUCAUUGUCGUCAUGUCUUGGAUCGCAUUUUGGAUUAAGCCAGAGGCAAUACCCGCGAGAGUCACACUCGGUGUUACUUCUUUACUUACUUUAGCAACACAAAAUACACAGUCACAGCAAUCACUCCCGCCCGUCUCCUAUGUCAAAGCUAUUGAUGUCUGGAUGUCGUCCUGCAGCGUCUUUGUCUUCCUUUCUCUUAUGGAAUUCGCUGUUGUUAACAAUUACAUGGGGCCAGUAGCUACAAAAGCAAUGAAAGGAUAUUCUGACGAGGAUCUUCGAGAGGCUAUUGACGAAUUCAAAACGCCAAUGAGGUCGGACUCGGAGAGGAGCAGGAGUCCAGUUCGGCCACCCACUGUUCAGUACGACACGUGUUGCGAGGGUCGGGCCACCGCCAUAUACAUCGAUAAGAUAUCGCGCUUCCUCUUCCCUUUUGCCUUCUUCAUUCUCAACGUCGUCUAUUGGAGCACCUUCCUCUGAGCGUCAUUCCAGCGGACAGCAGCUCGACCGAUACCACUCGUCAAAUCCAACGGAGAUGGGAUUCGACACAUUUGUACAUAUAUCUAGCUACAUGUAUUGCAAAACAGACGUCUAUCUCUCCUCCCCCUUCAAUGAACUGUAUUUAGAAUGAAUUUCCGAUUGAGAGAAAUGUGGGUUAUUGCUCUAGUUAAGCUGAAAAAUUCACCAUCGGGUUUUAUUU